AUGCCGCGCAAGGCGCCGACACCUUUGAAAGUCAAGAAAAACAUUCUGUCCGAUGUGAAAGUCCGGCAAUCAUGGAGCAAGUACAAUCUCUACAAUCUCGCGCGACAGACACCCUACUCCGGCAGAUUUCAUAAUUUCUUCAAACAAAAAUGGGCAACAAAGUCCCUGGCCCGCAACUAUCAUGGAGAGCAUGUUCGAGAAAAGCAGUGGCUGCGGAUGUUUGACAGGCGGAUUCGGUCGGUCAUUCCAAUGGAUGCAGCAUACCUCGCCGCAAAUGAUGGCUCGCGGGAAUCUGCUGGUCGAGGUUCGGGCUUGGAGAAAAAGGGGAAACAGCGCGUGAACAGCCCUAUUCCAUAUAUGUCAAUGACCUUUGCGCCGAUGGAAAGGAGGUUGGAUACUGCAAUCUUCAGAGCCCUGUUCGCAAGCAGUGCUCGACAAGCGAGGCAAUUUGUGGUACACGGAGCAGUCAAAGUAAAUGGCAAGCAGAUGCGGUACCCUGGCUACCUACUGAACCCCGGGGACAUGUUCCAAGUCGACCCCGAACGGGUGAUGUGGGCAACCGGCGCCACCAAAGUCCCACAAAAGGCGGCCCCAGCGGAAGGUGAAGGUGAAGAAGAAACUACGGAAGAGAGCACGUCACGGCCUGCUGAAGGGGAACUCGUCGAAGAAGAAGAGGCGGUCGACGUGGAUCGAGAUCCCCGGGAAGUGUUGAAGGACCUACGAACCAGGGCGAAGAGCAUCCUAGCUACCUCGAAACGAGAUAUUGGCGCGAAACGAAAACAAGACCUUCGAGCGUUUGGCACCGCCAUCAAGAAGCUGCUUUCGCGAUCCGGAUCAUCGACUGUUCUCACGGACAGUCUGGAAGCCCAAUUCACGGAAAUUCAGCACCAGCUAAACAUCAGAAGAGAAAACCAAGCUGCCGGUACUACAUCACUCCCAUCGGCCCAGGAUGGCGAGCAACAGGCUCCCAAGGAAGAGUCUGUCGAAACCCCGGCACCUGAACCCAAGCAAGAAAUAAUCCUGAGCGAUGCCGACUACAAUGAGCUUUACGCUGCCCUCCGGUCGAUGCAGGAGAACCCUGUUGAUGACUCCAAGCCCUAUGCCACACCUUGGAUGCCGCGGGACUACAUGAGCGCUUUUGCCUUCAUUCCGCGCUUCCUCGAAGUGAACCACAAUAUAUGCGCGGCGGUGUACCUCAGGCAUCCGGUGGCAAGGCCAGGUAUGGCUGAAGUUCCAAGUCCCUAUCCGGUGGAUAUUCUUGGUUCGGCCUUUGCAUGGUAUUUGAGAAGGAGGUGA